UGCUGGCUUUAUUUGUAGUGUCAUUUCUGCGCUAGGACUCGUAUAUAGGAGUCGAGCCACUUUUUUAUUUGCCAUGGAUAAAAAGCGAAAGAGCAGGACCACCAAGCCCAUCCCUGCUGCAAAAGCCAAAGCCGCGAGCACAGCUCCAACUGCCGAGACUCCCGUCAAACGAGGCCGAGGGAGGCCUCCAGGAUCGGGCAAAAAGAAGUUGGCCGCAUCGGAAAGCAGCGCCAAAAAGCCCGCACCUGCUACGCCUGUGGCCACUCCCCAGAAAAAUGGCACCAGCGGUCCCGAGUGCGAUCGCUGUUCAAGGACAUUCACGUCCGAGCGGGGCCUCAAGAUGCACCAGCGCUGGCCCUGCAAGCCUGAAGCUGCUAAAGAUGACGCAGAUGAAUCGUGUCGCCUCCCGUUGGACGACGUCAUGGACUCGGAUUCCGACUCCGACGUGCCACUGGGAAAGGUCACGAGUGGCAGGGGGACCCGCGCCAAGGGCAACGCCGACGGCAGAACUGAUGGCAGUUCGGACCUCCCCAAGGGCAGGCUAGCGUCGGCCAAUAAGCCGCAGCUCAUUUGCCAGCGUUGCGGACUCAGCUACGACCCCAAGCGGGACGGGCCGCGCUGCAAGCACUGCACACGCGACAACGAGCACAGUGACGAAAGUGCUGACGAGGAGGACAAGGACGGGGAAAACGAAGAGUCUGCCCAAGUCAAUGGCGGCUCCCCUCAGAAGGAAGGCGUAGCGGCAGGGGUCAACGACGGUCCAGUGAAAAACAUUGAAGCCAUCACCGACGUCAUCAAGGCUGCCAAGGCCGAACAGCGCCUUCAGCAGCUAAAGCGCCUGAAGCGGGGCUCGGCGCCGGAAGCUCUCGACGAGAAGGACCUGGACUGCCCCGUCUGCGGCAAGCAGUUCUCAAAAAAGUACUACCUGCAACGCCACCUCCAAAUGACCGUCUGCUCGGGCAAGCCCCUGCCGUCUCACACCUGCGAGGUGUGUGGGAAAGUCUACUCCCGCAAGGACAACCUUCGUGAGCACCUGCGCGCACACGCUGGCGAGGUGACGCGAAGGAAAAAGUACAAGUGCGAUCACUGUGGCAAGACCUUCCACGGCAUCUCGCUCCUCAAGAUCCACAUCCGUGUGCACACGGGCGAGCGGCCCUUCCCCUGCGACUUUUGCAGCAAGGGUUUCCCGUCGGUCACAGCCCUGAACAAGCACCGGCGCAUCCACACUGGCGAGAAACCGUACGCAUGUGCCGAGUGCGGCAUGCGGUUUUCGCUCAAGGGCACGCUCAACCGCCACACUCGCAUCCACACGGGAAUCCGACCGCACAAGUGUCCCUACUGUGGCAAGGAGUUCAUCCAGGGUGGCGGACUAAAGGCACACCUGUUCCACCACACGGGCAUGAAUGGCUUCAAGUGUACUGUCUGUGACAAGGUGUUCAACCGGAAGGCUCGACUAGACCUGCACAUGAAGUACCUGCACCUGAAGGAGAAACCACACGUGUGCGAGGACUGUGGCAAGGGUUUCACUCGGCGGGAGGACUUGAACCGUCACUCGGUGCUGCACACCGGCGAGAAGCCCUUCCAGUGCCCGACAUGCCACAAGCGCUUUGCCAUCAAGCCCUCGCUCAAGAUCCACAUGGUGACCCACACCAAGGAGGAGCCCAGGUCGUGCCAUGAGUGUGGCCGUGCCUUCAUCCGCAAGGACUGCCUGAUGCGGCACAUGCGCAAGCGCCACCGUGAUCUGCUCGACCGCAUCCUGCUCGACGAGGAGGACAACCGCUUUGCUCCGACGCCCAUUUCCACUCCAGGGGGCACGGCCAACACGGACGGUGCCAGCAAGAUGGGCAUCCAGGCGGGCACCGUAGCCAGGAUCCUGUCAGAACAGGCUCUUUGCGAAAGCAUUCGUGAACUUCUUGGCCUACUCGUCGACGAGCCCACACUGAAGGGUUUUGGCUACCCAGACAAACCGGUGGACGAACUGCUCGAAGCAGUCAUCCGCCGCUGUGGCCACAGCCCAGCCAGUCCUGAUGACUACAACUACAUGGACCGACUGCGCGAGAACUCCAAGCUCCUUUUCACAGUGGUCAUCGACGACAAUGCCGUCAAGACUCUGCUCAAUAACCAGACUGUCGACGAGGUCAUCCUGCACGUGUUGCGUCUCGCUAAGUCUUAGCUUUCUCCUCCCCCAUCUCAUUUUGUUGUCUAAUUGAUAGAGGGUGCACAACAGCAAACAGACUGUUCACUUAACUGUCGUAAACCACUCCACCUCACGUAUAACGUGCAGGUGGAGUGGUUUCACUUCUGCAUGCUGUCACACAGAAGAAACCAUGGUGUGUUAAUGCCUUGAAAUUGAUAAUACGGCAGUUGGUGAAGCGCUUUUAUAUUGGCCCUUGCAACUUGCAGGUCCCGACAAUGCGGUUUCACAUUUUUUCAAACCCAAUUUGUUGUCUUAAGAAUUUUUCAAGUUAGAAUACAGCUGUCAAAAUGAUGCACAACAGCAUCAGUCCUGCAGGCCACAUUCGUUCUAGUCAUAAGCACACCUUGAACUGAACGGAUGUUUGCUGGCUCAGUAAGUGGCUGAAGUUUUCAAAAGAAAGAACAGAAAAACAAUGCUUGAAAACAGGCUUUUAUGUAAGUGGGAGCAACAUGAAAUGCCCAUUUGAUCAUUAAAUUAUGCGAAAGCAGUCAGCCAGAAAUAUGACUCAUAGCGCACACUACAAUGCCGUAAAGGGAGCUUGCUUUUGUGCACCCUUUCUUAACCUGUGCAUUGCACACCCCAUAUUCUUCGUCACUCACGAUUUUUAAGACUUUGCACAAUGCCUGUGCUUAGUGGGGCCCGAGUAGAGCAGCGUAACGGCUGGGAAAUGGGCUAGAUUCUGUCUCAAGUCCUGUAGUAGAUACUUUUGUGUAUUCCGAGGAGGAAAUCUGAGUGUCUGACAUGGUCGUGGGCUCGCACAGUCCGCCCAACCCUUUUAGCCUAUACCGUACAAAAGCUUCAUACUGUCCCAUUUGUUUUGAAGGUGUUAAAUAUAUUCGGCACAUUCCCAAAAAUAUUUGUAUCAGGAGAGGUGGAAAAGUCGUGUGAGCAGGCCACCUCGAAUGCGUCUCAAUGUUUUCUGUGCACUUUUGGCAGAUGAGCGAGAGGUUUUGUUUGGCGCUUUCGGUGUAUGUUGAGUAUCUGGUGGUGUUGCAACGUUUGUGUCGAGUUAAACUUGAAAACAUCGGCUGGUCGCAUAACAAAGGGCCCUGUGUGAUGGUUUGCUGGCGAUGUGGGGAAAAUCCGACUUGAUAGGAGGCAACAUUACGUGCCAGCCAGUGAGACUGAAAAGUUAUUUCGAGUAGAACUUGCUUGCUAGAUGUCCCCACAGUAGUAGUAGUAAGAAGCCCAAACUUGUGUGCCUUACUGUUAUACCCGUAAUGUUUGUCUUCUUUUUUUCUUUGCGAGCCUUCUUUUUAGUUAAUGCGAGGUAGUGAAAGAUGCAAAAUGAUGUCAUUUCAUUCUUUUUUCAUAUCAUUUAUGCUAGGAGAUUGCUCAAGGCAAGGGUUGGGAGAGUAAUAAUUGCCUUUGGUUUAACAAUAUCUUCUUUCGAAUUAAAUAACAAAUAAAUGGCAAAGGGGUCACAGCAAGUUUAAAUAACAUUGCUAAAAAUCUAAUAGGUAAACAACUAAUAUUACUUGGCUCAGCUGGCCAGAGGUAGUCUUGUUUAUAGCUUUGUUUGCUUUUUUGUAGGAAGGCAAGCCUGUUUAUUGAGCAUUUGGCAUCCACUGCUUGCAGCAGCAGAUAAGUUAACAAUUUAACUAUUAAUACUGUUCAGAAUUUAUUAACUUAAGACAGAAGCAACAAUAGGUUGCUUGAACAUUAAUGAGCUUGAGGGGAGAAGUCAGUCAUCCAUGAAUAUAGGUUAAUGUAAAAAUUGCCUCUCUUUGUAUGUAAUAAUAUGUGAUGCCAUUGCUGUAUUAUCUUGAUCUUAUGAUUGCUGCUGCUGCAUGCUUUCAUAAUCUCUGCAUAUCAUGCAGUAUGUUCCGCUUUCAUAAUUUUAUUAUUAUUUCUCUCUGCCCCAAGUGUAGCAAUAGUGUAUUAGAAUGUGGUAAAAGAACGAUGGCGAAGCUUUGUCGGCCUGUGUUUAUUGAUGGCAAGCAGAAUUCAAGGUGAAUAAGGUUUUUUAACAGGCAUAGUAGAUGUGACAUAUUUACCGUCUAAUCACUCAGAAGUGCCUUCUAGUGCUUUGCAGUGCACAUUUGCCAUAGAGAUGAGAUUGCUGUUCAUUGGAACGAUUUGUUGAUCCUAUUUACGAUAUAGAUAUUGAUCGCAGCAUAAGCAGAAGCAAAUUGUAGUUUUUGCUUUCGACCACUUGAGCAAGUGUUUCCAUGAUCAUGUCCUCAUUGAUAAUUUUUAUUUGUUUUUAAUUUGUCCUAUUAAUGUUCAAUGUUUUAUUAGCUUCCACAAUGCGGUCAAUGACACCUACAAUUUGAUUGACGUGUUGAAUGUGUAGUUAGCUUGCACUUCAUUACUUGAAUUGAUCGUCGUUGCACAUUUCAUGUGCAUUGUGUCGUUCUCGGGCAGCACAAAAUGUGAAUCGGUAUUUUUACAUUAAAAAAUAUAAAAAGUAUCGAAGCGAGCUAUUGCCCAAGUUUUUGUACAGUUACGACCGAGAAGGCUCGGACUGACAUUGUGCAUUAGUCUUUCUAUAAGAGUAUAGCAGUCUGUUUGUUUUUCAAUUUCAGUAUUUGUUCAUUGUUGCCACAUGUAGUCUUAUGCAAAGCAUCGCACUAAUGCGCUAACAACUUAAUUGGUGCCUUAUUUUUUUGUCUGUAGUGCAAGGAGAAGCUUAAGCUCUGGUCCAACUGCAAUUUUUCUAUGCAAUAGAAAUUUUAAGAUGCACUAACAACCGAAUAAAGUCAUAUAAACUGGUUAAUGAGUUUUUUUUUUUUUCAUUGAAAUGCCAAGUUUUCAACGAUGUACAUCUCUGCCAACACAUGCCGUUAAAGAAGCAGCAAGUCAUUUGUCACAGCGUAUGGCAGAGUCUGAAAUUCAUGUACUCUGAGUCACAUGUCACCCAAUCUGAAUGCCCCAGUAAGUGCAGCACCUUAUGGAUUCGACUGUUACGAACCUGCAUAAUUGUAGACUAGGCAUUUCGCAUUUUGAUUCGUUGAGACUAUUUGAGGGCACAGUUUGCCUGCCCUGUUCAGUCGCUCGAAAUUAAGUUCUUCAUUUGUAUGCAGCUAAGUGUUACUCAUUGCACCAACUUAGUUAUCAUAACUUCUGUGUUUCCCGCUUGAUGCCUUAAUGAUGAAACCAGCAGGUUGCGUGAGUGUGAGGCUUCUUCAAGAAAACUGGUUACUACCUGGUUGCCUUGGGUGGUCGUUUGUUGUCUGUUAUUGCGCUCGGCCCGGCCAUAAACCGCCAAGUGCCGGCAAAAACUACAUUCCGCCAUAGCCCCUUCAGUGCCUUUCGCGUGUUUGAGACAGUUGCAGCUUUCUGCCCUAAGCCACCAUUGUAACGUAUGAAUGGAUCCGUUGAAUGGAGCCCUUGAAUGGAUCCUAGAACAAGUGCCUUCUGAAUUGUUCCAUGGGACCCUUUUCCUGCUUGUGCAUCUAGCUGUAAUCAUGUCAUAACAAAUGAGAGAAAUUAAUCAUCUUGUUUUCAUGAUUUAAACCUGUACCUUUCUUUGUUAUGGGAGAAAUUAAUCAUCUUGUUUUCCUGAUUAAAACCCGCACCUUUCUUUCAUAUAUUUCUCUCCUGCUUCUUUGUGAAUCCAUUCUCCAAGCCCUACAAUCAGUUCAGUAUUGUGUCCGAAGAGAAAUUAUGUUAUGAUGUAAAUAGUUUAUCAGUAACUCUGUCAAGAAGUCAUUGUGUGCCUCAUUACUAGAUACGCUGGAUUUUGUGUGUUUGCCUUAAUACAGAUUUUCAACCACUAAUGCUUGCACGAGCUUCUUGCAUUUCAUUUUCUUGUUUAGUCCUGUCAUUGUGUGGUGCUUCUCACAUUGCCUUCUUUUUUUUUUUUUUUCAUGGCUUGUACUAGUGUUACAUGAAUCACAGACAAGAGUAUUCUGUAUUUUUUUUCUUGCACAUCAUUCAUUCUCUGCUGUGUGGAAAUAUAUAUAUAUAUAUGAAGAAGAAAUUACUGUAUGUGUUCUGGUCUAGCCUCUUGGUGUAGCAGACUUAUAAAAGGGUGCCAGUAUC